UAUUCCCACACGCCUUUAGCUGUAACACAGAGUUCCUGCUGACCUCAGUCUUUAUGUUAUUAUAUUACUCUGCUAUUGCCUGUCGCCAUCUCAAAUUUUAGCGCGCUACUGGGUCGUCGGCCCGAGUGUUCGCGCAAUGCGUUUAUCUUGGCCCGGGGGAGGGGGAGCUGAGGACGCUUUGGGGUAUUUUGAUCUGUCGCUGUGGGCUAGUCAAAGCAACGAAAACAAGGGAUGUUUCGGGGGUUGUCCGCUUCGUAGAUUUUGCUGGUGCUUGAUCUGUAUGUGUGCGAGCGCCUGUCGAAUCAUCGCAAAGAAGCUCGGGCGGCAGUGCGUCUAUGUGCCCCUCGUCAACGAAGUGUCCCAGGUUUGUGGCAAGUGCUCGCUAGAACGGACGGAAUCCCGCGCCAGGCGUUUUCUGUCCUUCUUGCCCGGGCCCCCUCAGUGUCUGUAAAGUCUGUGGCUAUUAUCGGAGUCUUCUUGAUUUUGCUAAUGUGCUGCUGCUGCUAUUGGUUGAAUCGUUCCUAGUAGCCUGGUCGGAUAUCGUUGGCGAUGGUGUUCUUGCGAGAUUGUGUUGCCCACUCCCGUUUUACCGCAAUGACGUCUUUCGACAUCGCUUGAGAUUCCAUCAUCGCUCAAGCCAGUUGGCUUCGAAACACGAUUCGUGUAGCUCAGUGAGGCCAGUCAGUCCGGUGUGAUCUCCGUCUCGUGUGAGGAGGGGGUAUGCUUGCAGCUCGAUAGCGUACCCUCUUCGCUACUGUUAUGAUUAUGCUGAUCGCGGUGUCGGUGUCGCGGCAUUCAUUUAGUGUAUGUAAUAGUAUGUUUUAUGUGUGUAAGCUAUUACGAUUGAAAUUUCGUCGUUCGUAUUAGCGGAAUCGAACCCGAAAUUUACAGCCAGGCCUAUUGCUUGAAUGUGUCGAUGUUUAUGGGUCGAUGUGCGGUGUUGCGCUUACUUAUUAUGUGGAUUGUGUGGUCACGAUAAUUCACGAGAGAGAUUUGUUUUGUGUAGUUGCUUGUUCAGCGAUCGAGCAAAUGUGAGUGACGAUUUGUGUGCGUUGGUUUGCUUGCUAAGAGAAAAGCUAUCAAGGUCGUGAACCUCCCCUUCCCCUGAACAGUGGACCUCCAGCGCAGUCUCGAUUGCCACUUAAGGCCCGUAAACGCGUGCUUCGGCGUCGUGAUAGCCACCUGCAUCUAUUUUGGGGUAGUAGGGAGUAGUCGACGAGAGUCAGGGUGUGCGGUGGAGCCGUCUGUGGUCAGAUCGGCCUCGAGUUCGUCGGUCGUGUCAUGUGAUGUGAACGAGAGGCGGGCGACGCCUCACUCGGCCGAGGAGCAGCCGACGCAGAUCUCCGGCACAGAGCUGCUGCUGCUACCACGAAAAGAGGUUUCGCCAAUUGAAGGCCUCUUCGUAUAAGCCAUCUGAACACUACUGUUGGCGUACACCGUGACCACAACUGCUGGUGAAGUUUGUCGAGCCUGCUAGAUAGAAGAAAAAGGAUUGUCGAGUUUGUUCAGAAUAUCGAGCUGAUCGUGUUGUCCUGAAAUAGGAUCAGCUGCGUCUCGGUCGUGCUGGCACGUCUGACAGAAAAACCAGAAGCGAGAGCACCAUUUCGCACCAACGUCAUUAACGUCGACUGCGGUGUACUUGUACAGCAACAACAUUCUUGCAGGUGCUCACUCUGCCUUGCAUCUGCAAUGGGCGCGGUUUCGUGUUGUGUGGACGGCGUCUAGUGGCGCGGCCCUCCAGAAACCCGGCAGGUGCCGGUAGGAGUCUUCACACAUGGCCUCACACGUUGCCUCCGAUGGCGGCGGUGCGGUUGUGGCGGAGCUUAAAAGCGUCGCAUCGAUCGCCGGUGUCGGCGCUGCUGCUCUCGGUGGUGCAACGCUGGGAUCGUCGGGUCUUCCACUCGAUAGUCACGUCGCAUCACCAGCCGACAACACCAAAGGACUUAAGAUGAAGAUCAAGCGAAAAUCGGUAAACUCGACAGGAGGCAGCCAACGGCACGAGAUCGUUUCCGAAGAUGACGCCCCACACCCAAAAAGCAAAAAGGCAAAGGAGCGGGACCGUGAUAGGGACAAAGAUAACAGUAGUAACUCGUCGAAGGACAGCAGCAACAGUAGUAGUGGCGUGGCUGGUGGAAAUUCUAGCCAACUUAGUGUUUCAGCAAAGGAGUUGAGCGUUUUACGAGGAGGGGACAGCAGUGCUAGCAUUGAUACUAAUGUUAAUAGUAGUUCGACGAACGAACGUACUGCCGGCGGAGGUGGAUCACAAUGUAAAGAUUCACCGUCAUGUACGACCGGUGUAUCUGGGAGCAAACAACAUUCGUCGAAACUCAAUGGGAACGCGAACGGACAACAUCAAACUAGCGGGCCGGCGUCAUCGCAGCAACACCAACAACUGCAGCAGCAACAACAGCUGCUACAGCAAAAUGGCCCAUCGAUUUCAGCGCCAGAAAGCGUGUUUCGGACGAACCGGCCAGAGGGAGUAAAAGCAACGAUAGCUACUCGUGAACAGGGGACGUUAUGCAGUUCGGUCGGCAUUGUCACGGAACCUGAUUCUCUUGGCGUAUGUGAACCGGGAACGAGUGUAUUGCUGGAAGGCAUUGUCUGGCAGGAAACUGAAGGAGGCGUACUGGUGGUCAAUGUGACGUGGCGAGGGAAAACCUACGUAGGCACGCUACUGGACGCGACGAGGCACGAUUGGGCGCCGCCUCGCCUCACCGACGAAAGCGAAGAGCGUAACCGCAGCCUCGGGUUCGGUGGCAGAGCCAAACGAACCGGUCAAGCCCGCACUCUCAGCGGGUCGGAGGACAACAAUCUCAGCAAGUUGCGGAAUGGGAAAGGCAGGAGAUCGUUUACCCCGGUGCCAGCAAGCCCGGGUAAGUGUUCAUCUCCUGUGGCGGCCGACUCGCCCAAGGUGAAGAAGCCGAUGUCAGAGCAGCAGGACAAGGUGAAGGACAAAGAGUCGGCAACGGGACAGCAGCAGCAGCAGGACAGGGAUAGCAGCAGAGACGGUGGCGGAAGUAGCGACAAAGAGGGGUCGUCUUCGUCUGGAGCAGGCGGCGCGAGCAAAGGGGGUGGCGGCGGAAACGAAAACGCCGGACACGCAGGUGGCCGAGUCACGCGGGUGAUGGCGGAGGACGAGGACGCCCUGGAGGAGGCUAACAUGCUCGAGUGUCCCGAGCCGGACUGUUUUAAACGUUUCAAGCAGCUAAAUGGCCUGCGCUAUCAUCAAACGCAUGCCCACAACGACCGGCCGCCUCCACCGCCCACGCAAGCGCAGGCCACCAGCAAUCAGCUAGCUGGGGUCGAGUCGACGAUGAGAACGGGCGGUCUGAGCGACCAGCCCGCUGUGGGCUCCAACAACAAUAUUAAGUUGACGACUUGCCCCUCAGGCACUGGCUCAAAUGGACAGAGCGAGAGCGGUACGAGCGAGAAAAGUGGGGAUCCCAAGGACAAGGAGCUGACGAGCUCCGCAACCUGUGAUAGCAAUACAACUUUAACUACUCCAAACCUACACAGCAGCAGCAACAGCCAAUCCGCCCUCGCCUCCGUCGACGGCCAGCCAACGAUGAACAAAAGCCCCGCAGGCAGCAACAGUAACGCAUCCUGCAAUGAUACCACUCAGAAAGCUGCAACGUCAUCGGCGGACGUCGUAGAUAAAGACGUUUCUGGCAAUGCCCCAAGCCCUGCCUACUCUGACAUUUCCGAUGACAACAAUCAACCCGGCACCACGACUACCACAUCAUCAUCAUCAUCAUCAACAACAACAACAACAACGACAACAACAACAACAACAACAGCAGCAGCAGCAACAACC